AUGGAGGCGGGUUCGGAGACGACGGGGGAAGCGGGAACCGAGAGGGCCGGGGGGAGUAGGAGAACGUUGAGGAAGACCACAAAGGCGGAUUAUCCAUCGGUGCUGGACGUGAUGGAUGCCGCGAUGAAUCAGGUACUAGAGGAGCAAAUGGAGUGGCUGGUGGCGAGGUGGAACGCCGAGAACCCCGACGCGACGCCGCUCGUGGUGGAAGCGCUCACGGAGGAGCAGCGAGAGUCGCUGGAGCGAGAGCAUUUGGCCAGGGAGGUGUUGAUUGGUCAGGCGUACGUGGAUAAGAUGGCGGCGGAAGACAUGGCAAGACUGGAGUUGGAGAAAACAAAUCCGAAGAAGGAUCCCGACGAGCGGUCUUACCAAUCUUACCGAGAGAACUGGGAGUGGAAAUAUGCUGAAGAGUUCGGCUCCUUCGAGGCCACGAUUAAAGUUGAGGAAAUAUAUGGGGAUUUACAUUGGCCGCUGGAUGUGUUUGGUAUCGUUGCUGUGAGGGAUGACCUGGAUCACCAUCGCAAUAUUAUCUUUGAGCGCAAAAGGGAUAACUGCCAAACUCUCAAUGAGGAGGAUCCAUAUUUAGUAUUAACAGGUCCUACCCGUGCUCCCGUGACUCUGUUUGGGCCUAUGCAUUUCGAUAUCACGCUGAAAGUGAAGCGCAUUAAUGAGUUAGAGGACAAAGAUCUAAGCCUGCUAGGCUUUCGCUACGAGUGCUGCAAGUCAAUCAAUUAUCAAGUGAGUAAGGGAGAGUGCGCCCUCAGAUCAUGCGUGAGCAGCCAAAAACGUAGAAGCAAGAUGAGCACAUUGGAGCUGACAUGUGGCAUUGUAGCCUCAUCCAUUGAGGCCACAAUCAGUGUGCGUAUUGUUGGUGGGUCCUGGCCAGAUGGAUUCAGCGGGCGGUUCAUUGCCUCGACUGCAAGCGUCAGUCACAUGAGGGUGUUACUGCUUAAUAUUGGAGAUAAGGAUACGCCUGUUGUUGCUGCUGAUGGCACCAUUGAGCUGUCACGACGCGUGGUUUCUGUUGAAAGCUUUGGGGAGCUGAGAGUGCAUGCAGCAGGUUGGCUAGGCAGCCAGCAGAUUGACAGUGAGGUGUUCUUUAAACCAUUAGAAUCUGGUAGAAGCUCUCGUUCGCUUAAGGUUGGCUCGUGUGAAAUGGAAGUUACCGUUGGCUGGUCCCUUUUUCCGUUAUGUUAUCCCAUUGACCGUAUUCCUUCACCCAAGAAUGGGUGA